CCCCGGCCCUCCCAUGGCUUCCACAAUACCUAAUGAUUCCGACCACACUCCGAGAAGUACUAUCGACUCUUGCUCAUCCAGUAAGUACAAAGGCGUCAGAAAGCGAAAAUGGGGCAAAUGGGUGUCUGAGAUCAGGCUUCCCAACAGCCGCGAGCGCAUUUGGCUGGGCUCCUAUGACUCGGCGGAGAAGGCAGCUCGAGCCUUCGACGCCGCCCUGUACUGCCUGCGCGGUCGCCACGCCAAUUUCAAUUUCCCGGACACGCCUUUGGAGCUGGAGAUCAGUGUCUCCGGCGACCAUCACCAAUCUCGUUCUGCUCAAGAAAUCCAGGAGCUUGCUGCUAGGUUUGCCAACGAGUACCAGCAGGAGCCACCGAUGGUUCAGCAAUCUUCGGAAGUAGCGGCUCCUUCCUCCUGUGAAUCUGAUGGGGUCACUGAGAGUGGCGAUCCUGUGGAGGUGGACAACGGGUUCGGGGACACAAGGGGCAUUAACGAUUGGUCGUUUUUGAAGUCACUGGAUGAGACAGGCUCCGCCAAUUAUAAUGGUUUCUACUCUGGAUUCGACAAGAUGCACUCUGGUGAGUUGUUAUUUCCCACAUCACCACCUCCAUUCAUCGAUCAUGUUAGUGACAAUGGGGACGCAAUGGAAUGUGAUGACGCUUUUUCCCAACAAUCAUUGUUCCUUUGGAACUUUUGA